AUGUUUUCACGUCAAAAACUCCAACGCGCUCGCGCACUUGCUCUAGGCCUUGUUGCCGCCAGCCCUCUCGUUGCUGCUGGACCCUGCGAUAUCUACUCCUCUGGUGGAACUCCGUGUGUUGCCGCACACAGUACUACUCGCGCUUUGUACAGUGCUUUCAGCGGUUCGCUCUACCAGGUGAAACGUGGCUCAGAUGGAACAACUAAGAACAUUGCACCUCUCGCUGCAGGAGGAGUGGCUAAUGCUGCUUCUCAAGACACUUUCUGCGCUAACACCACUUGUCUCAUCACAAUAAUCUACGAUCAGUCUGGUCGUGGUAACCACCUCACCCAAGCUCCUCCCGGAGGAUUUAACGGUCCUGAUGUGAACAGUUACGACAACUUGGCUUCUGCAAUUGGUGCACCAGUCACACUUAACGGCCAGAAAGCAUACGGAGUCUUCAUUUCGCCUGGAACAGGCUACCGCAAUAAUGCUCCCAGUGGAAUAGCCAAGGGUGAUGCAGCGGAGGGUAUGUACGCAGUUCUCGAUGGAACGCACUACAAUGGUGGCUGCUGUUUCGAUUACGGCAACGCAGAGACUAGCAGUACUGACACGGGUAAUGGUCACAUGGAAGCCAUCUACUUUGGUGACAACACCGGUUGGGGAUCAGGAUCCGGCAGCGGUCCUUGGCUCAUGGCCGACCUUGAGAACGGCUUGUUCUCUGGUAAGAGCGCUACUGUCAACACUGGAGAUCCAUCGAUCACCUCCCGUUUCUUCACUGCAGUCGUCAAGGGAGGACCAAACUUGUGGGCCAUUCGAGGCGCCAACGCUGCAUCUGGCGCUCUAUCGACGUACUACAGUGGUGUGCGCCCAAGUGCGAGUGGAUAUAACCCAAUGAGCAAAGAAGGUGCUAUCAUCCUCGGAAUUGGCGGAGACAACAGCGUAAGCGCUCAGGGAACCUUCUACGAGGGUGUGAUGACCACUGGUUAUCCUUCUGAUGCCACCGAGAACUCGGUUCAAGCCAACAUCGUAGCUGCUAAAUAUGCUACCACAUCAUUGACCAGCGGAACUGCUCUCACCGUUGGUAACUCAAUCUCUCUUCGGGCUACUACCGCCGGAUACACAACACGCUAUAUUGCACACACUGGCGCCAGCGUGAACACUCAAGUUGUUACAUCAUCCAGCGCCACCGCGCUCAAACAGCAAGCUAGCUGGUAUGUUCGCGCCGGUCUUGCAAACAGCGCCUGUUUCUCCUUUGAGUCAAACGAUACCCCCGGCAGCUACAUCAGACACUACGACUUUGGACUUCUGCUCAAUGCCAAUGACGGCUCCAAAGCCUUCCGCGAAGAUGCCACAUUCUGCCCACAAGCUGGUCUUAGUGGCCAAGGUAGCUCAAUUAGAGCUUGGAGUUACCCUACUCGCUACUUCCGUCACUACAACAAUGUACUCUACGCUGCGUCCAACGGUGGAGUCCACACCUUCGAUGUCGCCGCCUCGUUCAACGACGACGUAAGCUUUGUUGUCAGCACCGGCUUUGCUUAG